GUUGCCGUCUCCGGGGCUCCGUCGCCCGCGCCGCUUUGCCUUCUCGGCCCCGGGGGCGGCCGCUCGGCGGUCCUGCGGCUUUCGCUCUUGUCGCUGCGGGCCGCGGGGCCGAGGCCAUGUCCCGAAAGCAGGCGGCGAAGAGCCGGCCGGGCAGCGGCAGCCGGAAAGCCGAGGCCGAACGCAAGCGGGACGAGCGGGCGGCGCGCCGGGCCCUGGCCAAGGAGCGGCGGAACCGGCCAGAGUCCGGCGGCGGCGGCGGCGGCGAGGAGGAGUUCGUCAGCUUCGCCAACCAGCUGCAGGCCCUGGGGCUGAAGCUGCGGGAGGUGCCGGGGGACGGCAAUUGCCUGUUCAGAGCUCUUGGUGAUCAAUUGGAGGGACACUCACGAAAUCAUCUGAAGCACCGACAAGAAACAGUGGACUACAUGAUAAAGCAGCGGGAAGAUUUUGAACCAUUUGUAGAAGAUGACAUUCCUUUUGAGAAGCAUGUGGCCAGUUUGGCAAAGCCUGGUACUUUUGCUGGCAAUGAUGCAAUUGUAGCCUUUGCAAGAAAUCAUCAAUUGAAUGUGGUGAUUCAUCAACUUAAUGCCCCAUUGUGGCAGAUUCGUGGUACAGAUAAAAGCAAUGGGAGGGAGUUACACAUUGCAUAUCGGUAUGGAGAACACUAUGACAGCGUUCGGAGGAUCAAUGACAAUUCAGAAGCUCCCGCCCAUCUCCAGACUGAUUUUCAGAUGCUUCGUCAAGGUGAAUCAAGUAAAAGAGAAAAGAUGAAGACAAAGGGAGUUGACUUUGAAGACGACCUGAGAGAUGAAGUAGAAGACGCUGUCCAGAAAGUUUGCAAUGCAACUGGAUGUUCAGAUUUUAAUUUAAUAGUUCAGAACCUGGAAGCUGAAAAUUAUAAUAUUGAUUCUGCAAUAAUUGCCAUGCUUCAGAUGAACCAAGGGAAAGGAAAUAAUGCAGAGGAGAAUCUCGAGCCGAGUGGCCGAGUGGCGAAGCAGUGUGGCCCUUUAUGGGAUGAGGGUGGCAGUGGCUCCAGAAUCUUUGGAAAUCAGGGCUUAAAUGAAGGCAAGACUGAAAACAAUAAGGCGCGGGCCAGCCCUAGUGAAGAAAACAAAGCAAAUAAAAACCAAGUCCCAAAGAUCACAAACAGACAGAGGAGAGAGCAGCAGCGGCUGGAGAAGAAGAAACGACAGGAGGAGAGACAUCGUCACAAAGCCCUGGAGAGUAGGAGCAGCCACCGGGACAACAACAGGAGCGAAGCAGAUGCGAACACGCAGGUCACCUUGGUGAAGACCUUUGCUGCUCUCAACAUCUGACUCUGGCCUCCCGGGAGCCGUGAGAAGCAGAUGGAAAGUGGAGCGCCGCACACCAGGCUUCCAGUGAGGCCGUCCUUUUUACACAACGAAACACAACCAAUAAAACCCACACACAAGCACUCCCACCGAGUUAGUUUCCUUCAGGCUGCCUCUUUUUUGUUCAAAGUUUUGUUAGUGAUGUGUUUUUUAUGAAAGUACAGUGAAGCCAUUCAUAUUCUGUAAUACAAACUGAAAAUACUGAGUUUGAGGAAUGGACAGUUAGGUCAGGAAAAUCCUUUUAAGUGUGGCUUUAUUUGCCUUGAAAAUCAGAGUUCGGUGACCCUGGGAUCUUUCCCUUAUACUUGGGGUGAGUUUUGCUGUAAUUGUUCAUGAAGUAGUUUAGAGUAAUUGUAAGAAAUUCAGAAUGACAAGUUUUCUUAGUUUCUUUUUCAUUUUCAAACUGAUACUAACAUAUAGGGUAGUUUAUAAAUGAUCUCCAACUCAGGAAUGUGUUUAGGUUUAAUUUUCUUCUAAUACAACUUACUCAGAAAAUGAUUCAGGAAGUGUUUUCCCAAGGUAAUAUGAUACGAGGGUUGUGAUCUAUAGUCAGGGUGGAAAUUAAACUACAUUUCUCUCCUUCCUGAUCCUGAUGUUAUUUCAGAUGGGAUACAGGUGUUGCUGGUUCAUUUGCACUCAAGCCAUAAGAUAAAUGCACCUGACUGUUAAUUAGGUCUGGGCUUGGCUGGAAGGUCUACAGUGUUUUUAGUACUUGUCCGUUGAUAAUGGGAAGACUGUUUUUUUAAUAUAAUUCUGGAAUUCUGAUUGUAGAGCAGAAAUUGUAGCUGUAAAGGGAGAAAUCAGGGGAUUCCUGGGUUUUUGCCUAGGAAGAGUCUAAAGAGUUACUUGCUGUUAUAGGACAACUGGAAGAAUAUGUGUAUCUAAGGUUUUUCAUGUUCUCAUUUUAAAUAACUGCAUUUUCUACCCUACUGUUCUAGACUUAGAAAGAUGCUUCCGAGAAAUAAAUGGUAACUUGACCUCAUAGGUUGCUAAAUUUUCUAAGUAUUGUAGAAAUGAAAUCCCAUAAUAUUUUCAUUCAUUUCUUUUUCCCUGUUUGGGAUUUCAGUGUUGGGAAAGCUUUCCAGCACCUGCCAGAAGUUGUCAGUGACUUAGGUUAGACCAGAAGAGAAGAGAAUGUACUUUGGCUAAGGCCUUUGAAUGAUCCACAGUUGUGAAAUAGACAGAUUUGGGCAGUGGAGAGAUGUUAUUCUUAAAACCGAAUUGGGUGGAUGUGAACUUUAAAACUGUAAUGUGUGAGGUAGCCAAUCUUGGACAGUCUUUGCCUUUUGGGAAACUAAUAAUAUCAAAUUUAGACAAAUAAUAUCAAAAGGUAAAUUAUUAGUUGUUUCCCACUCUCCUCAAACUUCAAGAUUAUAAAAAUUCAGAGGUGAAGAGAAAACUAUAAAAGUUUUGACAUAUAUAGACAUAUCAUUGUCUGGGUAGGCCCUGGAUUCAGUGAAUUGUCUCUAUCAGCAGGCUGUUUGCUGUCAUCAGUUUUAAUGAUAUGUUUUACUUUUUCAUUUGUUUGACUUUGACUUUUUGUGGUUGGAGUAUCGGUAGUUUCUUGGAAUUGCUCCCAGGACAUCGUGGUUUGGGCUUCCUCCUGGGUAUAGAACAUUGUAAUAUUUAGCAGUUUUUCUUUCCACGUCUCAGAGUCCUGAGUUUGAAGCUCCAGUACUCAGUCCAAACAAGUGAAGGGUCUCUGUUGCUUGACUCACUCUAAGGGAUGGGAUCCAAUGCGUUAGAAUCUAGUGUUCCCUUGGCUUUCAACUCUGGGCAGAUUCCUGACUGGCUGAGCUUUUCUGAAUGAACACUCUUUCUUGUCUUUGCACUGUGUGAGUGCAUAAGACCAGAUCCUCUCAGAAAGAUCAAGACUGUGUAUCAGAACCUGAGUCUGGGGUCACAAGUAGCUGAAGGGAGACCCAUUGUCAGAAGUAGUAGAACUGCUUUAUUUACUUGGUUGAUGAAGGUGGCCUUGAACCCUAUUGGGUGUUAAAAGUUUUAGAUGCUGCUAAAAAGUUAUUAAAGAGUAUUGGGAGCAUUUAUUUAUAAAUUACCUAAUUCUGAUAGUAGGCUUCAGCAUUUCUGGGGUAUAAUACAGUGGUUUUAAAAACUCAUCAAAUGGCUUCAGUAAUUUAUUACCGUUUCACAGCUUUCUAGUUACAAUUGAUCUGUUUACUGUUUUAUUAGGAAUGGGGUACAUGCAUUCAACUUCAGUGAUAUCUUUAGCUAAGUGUUUGAGUUCAGGCUUUACUGCCUCAGUCUCACUGAAGUGUGAGGUAGAUGGAAUUCAUAUACUUAGUUGCCUUAGAGUGGGCACUUGAAAAUUACUUCAUUGGCAGCCAAAAUGGAGGCCCAGUAUGAUUAGUCCUGGGAUGACUAUUGCCAGUAACUGUUACCCUAAUACAGUUACUUAUGUGAACUCUAUAUUAGGAACUGAAUCUGUCUCAGCCUCUGUGUUAUGUCCUUGCUGGUAGAGAUUUGUGUUACAUGCGAUCAUCUCAGUUUGUAGUGAGGCCAGGAGAAAAAUGGGGAGGGAGCAGUGGUCCAUAGCUGCUUACUGGUCUUGUAAACUGUACAUAAAGGUUUUAUGGGUUUUAAAAAAGAAUUUUUUAAAGGUGAAAAUAAGAAAUAAAAUUUUCGUGGCAACAGCUUUGAACUAGAGAAGUAGCUAUAUUAAACAACAUAGAACCACGACUUCUAGAUAAUAUAGUUGUCACCAGGAGAUAUUAGAAAGAUAGAAUGUAUGUGUAUAUUUAAUUUUUUAAUAAUGCUAUCAGGAGCAAAUUCUAGUUGAGAAAUUGUGGCAGAGAGAAGAACCUUAAGUGUUAGUUCUAGUCAUCUGUAAUUUCUUUUAUAAGCUCUAAAGACACUUUCAACCCCAUCUGGCUUCUGAGGGCUUGUGAAGUGGAGUCUCCUUUGUGGGGCAGCUAGAGCUGGGCUUAGAGGGAACCUUCAAGUGGAUGAUUUACAGUGCGUGGCCCUGUUUCACUGGGGAACUUUUACAAUGUGAAGAUGAUUGUCGGGGGGUGGGAGGAGGGCCAUGUUCAGUUGGGCAGAGAGCUGCUCACGUGUUCUGUAGGUGGUAUCAGAUGGACCUUGGCAUUGAACUGUACUCGUAUGAAUCCCUGUAGUCAAUGUGCAAUUUCUCUCAUUCUGAGAAACUCUCUAGACUCUGCCUGGGUUUUACUGGGUCAACAUAGAAUGCUAUCAGUUUACCUCUGUGAAAUGCUCAACUCAAGUAGCCCGUUGGUAAAAGGAAGCUUGUAUUCCUCGUCAGAGUUGACUAAAAGUCACUCUGAGCAAGGGAUCUUUGCAGGUGGGAGGACAAUGGAGCUCUUUGACUUUGGUGUGUCUCACUGGUGGCCCUCUCUCUCCUGUUUUGGGUAGAUGCAUAGUUCUUCACUUUUUACCUCAAGGCUCUGUCUAUCAGAUCUUUAGGUUCAGAGUCUGAUGUACUUUUCCUGUCUUGCCGUUCUCAUUAUUUAUACUUUCAUUCAUCUCAGCUUUCAGAACAGGUGUUGCUAAAACUCUGGGGCCUUCUCACAGUUGUUCUGAGGCGAUUUAAUAAUGGCACUUUUGACAAGGUGUAUUUUUCUGACUCUAAAGCAAAUUGCAUUUUUCCAUUGACAUCAUCGAAUUGAAGAUCUAGAUGGCAUAUUUAAAUUAUAACAAGUCUGCCGUCACAUAGUAGAAAUGGGAAAAUCGGUCAUUUCUGGAAAGUGGAGAUAAUACCGAGCACCAGUCUGCAGGUGCGUGUACAGCGUGUAACUCACUGUGCCCCACUGAGGCGGGGUUCACAGGAAAGAGCCGUGUCUGUGGAUGGCUUGGUCUUCUCCUGUCCUGAGGUAAAAUUCCCUUGAAACACCGCAGGCUCUUAACUGUUUGUUCUGAGCUGUUGCGCUCUAGAGUCUCUCUAUUGAACUAGUCUCUUUAGGGCUACUUUGUAGCUCAAUUAAAAUGUUCGGGAUCCUCGCAGAGUUGCUUGACAAGGGGCUGGUACCAGUGUAAAGAAUAUCUUUUCAUAAAAGCAGGAACUUUUGCGUAGUGAAUUUAUUUUAGGCAAGGCAUACCCGUGAAGCAGAGCUGCUUCUGCUCACUGUGCUGAUCACCCUGGCAAGUAAUGAUCAGUGGAUGGAACCUCGACGGUCUAGCUCCAGUCCUUUGCAUGUCAGCAUCCGGCAGGUCCCUGGUGCUGGCCGUCCAUGACAAUCAUGUGAACUCAGUCACAGACCUCAGCCUGUGGUUUGAUCCCCUGGCAGGUCCCUUGACCAAAACUUGAGCAAUGCUGGUGUGAGUCUCCACAUCUUUCCACUGUUAUGGUUCAUCUUCCAUGGCAGGAAGGACCCUUGGCCUCCCCGGCUCCUCUUCCAGCAUCCUUCACCAGCGCUAAGCUUAUAGAAAAGAAAAGAGCCAGGAGUCAGACUUGACAUCUGCCUGCUUCCUUUCUGAUAUAGAAGUGCUGGUGUGCUUGCCUCAGUCCCCUCUAUGAAGGAGGGAGUGUGUCUGUAGAGAAGGGGCCUUCUCUUUUUUCUAAUUGCACUAUACAUGUUCUAGCUUCAGUCUGGAGAUACUUUAAGACCUCCAUGGGGUCAUGAUCCAUAGACUUAGCAAGUCUUGCCUUAUCUAUGGAGCUGGAUGGUGAGAAAUGUGACCAUUGUCUGGUGUCUGUCAUUCCUUUCCUGUAGAAUUUUUCUUUCCACAGAUUGUGUUUAUGUGAACCAUUUUAUUUUUUAUUUACCAAAGUACUGUACUUGGCUAUUUGCAGUGUUUUCAAAACCAAAUGUUUCUUCUUUUUUGUUUUUAUCUUCAAUACUUGGUGCAAUAGAAGCUGCAAAGAUGUGCCACUUUAUCUAUGAAAUGGAGUUUUGUAUACCAAUAAAUUCUAGUUAAAAAACAAA